CACAGUUUAGGACCCAGUCAUCUGCUUUGGGUCCCUGAGGGAUGGGGAGGCUAAAGCAAUGCUGGGCACUUUGGAGUUGCUGUUGCCAUGGAAACCACAGUCCUAGUUGAGUUUGCAUCACUGGGGGAGUGGGAAGCUGAUUCUCCUUCCCUGCUCUCAUCCACAGUGUGGGAGCCAUGGCACUUGUUGACAGACAGCGGUUGCUGAGGGCCACAUACAAGGCCUGGGUGCGGAGGGUGGGGGACCGUAUGCGGCCUAUAGGAUCUGCUCUUGUUUUACUGGAUUGUUGCUCCAAUUUAUCCUUCCUCAAGCUGGUGCCCUUCAUAUAUUUUGGACUCCCAUCCGCCCAAGCCAAGAUGGCCAGUGGUGAGGAAUGCUUGGCUAAGUAAUGCAAAGCACCCUGGGCUCACCAGACUGGGGGAGGCUGCCCUGGAGUGCAUUCUUCUCUCCCACUUUGUUUGUUUGUUUAGUUAAACCCGUCUUCGUGGCACCCCUGAGGUUUUCUUGGUGGUGAGAAUUCAUUCAGCAUUUGUUUCUGGCACUUCACUUACAGUGUAACGCUUCUGCCUCAUGGCUGGUGGGCUGACCCUGAAAGAGCUCAUCUGUUUGAGAGCACUCCAGGGAUCCAUUCUAAGUUCUGUCCAGAGACUACCUGCUAAGACCACUAAUGCUGCUUUCACGCCAAGGACAGUCCUGAUCUUGUGUGCUUAAAGUGUGCAGAUGCCCCCUGUCAGAAGAGCUGCCCAACUAAUCUAGACAUCAAGUCAUUUAUCACAAGUAUUGCAAACAAGAACUACUAUGGAGCUGCCAAAAUGAUAUUUUCUGACAACCCACUUGGACUGUCAUGCGGGAUGGUAUGUCCAACUUCAGAUCUCUGUGUGGGUGGAUGCAAUUUAUAUGCUACUGAGGAAGGACCAAUUAAUAUCGGUGGACUGCAACAAUUUGCUACCGAGGUAUUCAGAGAAAUAAAUAUUCCACAGAUUAGAAAUCCUGCUUUGCCACCACUGGAAGAGAUGCCUGAAGCUUAUCAUGCCAAGAUUGCCCUUCUAGGAGCAGGACCUGCCAGUAUAAGCUGCGCUUCAUUUCUGGCUCGAUUGGGCUACUCAGACAUCACCAUUUUUGAAAAGGAAGAUUAUGUUGGUGGCUUAAGCACAUCUGAAAUCCCCCAGUUCCGGCUGCCAUAUGAUGUAGUACAUUUCGAAACUGAGCUUAUGAAAGACCUCGGAGUGAAGAUCAUUUGUGGCAGAGGCCUUUCAGUGGAAGGAUUGACACUCAGUGCCUUGAAGGAAGAUGAUUACAAAGCAAUCUUUAUUGGAAUUGGACUACCAGAACCAAAGAGGGAGUCUGUAUUUCAAGGUCUGGGAAUGGAUGAAGGAUUUUACACUUCGAAAGACUUCUUGCCACUGGUGGCUAUGGCAAGUAAACCAGGAAUGUGUGCCUGUCGCUCUCCAUUGCCAUCAAUACAAGGAACAGUGAUUGUUCUCGGAGCAGGAGACACCGCGUUCGACUGUGCAACAUCGGCUUUGCGCUGUGGAGCUCGCCGUGUCUUUGUGGUCUUCAGAAAAGGAUUUACUAAUAUCCGGGCUGUCCCUGAGGAGAUGGAACUUGCAAAGGAAGAAAAGUGUGAAUUUCUGCCUUUCCUUUCUCCUCGGAAAGUUAUACUCAAAGGAAGAAAGAUUGUUGCUAUGGAAUUUGUUCGGACUGAGCAAGAUGAAGAUGGAAACUGGAAUGAAGACCAAGAUCAGGUUUUCCGUCUGAAAGCAAAUGUGGUGAUUAGUGCCUUUGGUUCAAUCCUGAGUGAUCCUAAAGUUAAAGGAGCUCUUCAUCCUCUCAAGUUUAACAGAUGGGGCCUCCCUGAAGUUGAUCCGGAGACCAUGCAAACAAGUGAGCCGUGGAUUUUUGCAGGAGGCGACAUUAGUGGUCUGGCCAACACUACAGUGGAAUCCGUGAAUGAUGGCAAACAAGCUUCAUGGUACAUGCACAAAUACAUACAGUCUUUAUAUGGUGGUGCAGUUCCUGCUAUACCCCAGUUGCCCCUUUUCUACACACCUAUCGACUUAAUAGACAUCAGCACAGAAGUGGCUGGGCUCAGGUUUCCGAACCCCUUUGGCCUCGCCAGCGCGACUCCGGCUACAAGUUCGCCAAUGAUCCGCAGAGCCUUUGAGGCAGGAUGGGGAUUUGCAGUUACCAAAACAUUUGCUCUGGACAAGGACUGUAUAACCAAUGUUUCUCCAAGAAUAGUCCGUGGAACGACCUCAGGUCCCAACUACGGUCCAGGCCAAAGUUCUUUCCUGAACAUUGAACUCAUCAGUGAAAAAACAGCAGCCUAUUGGUGUAAAAGUAUCACUGAACUGAAGACUGACUUCCCAGACAAAAUUGUCAUUGCCAGUAUCAUGUGCACCUAUAACAAAGACGACUGGACUGAACUUUCCAAAAUGGCUGAGGUAUCAGGAGCUGAUGCCCUGGAGCUGAAUUUAUCAUGCCCGCAUGGCAUGGGGGAGAAAGGAAUGGGCCUGGCCUGUGGACAGGAUCCAGAGCUGGUGCGCAACAUCUGUCGCUGGGUAAGGCAAGCUGUUCAGAUUCCCUUCUUUGCCAAGCUGACCCCAAAUGUCACUGACAUUGUGAACAUUGCCAUGGCUUCCCAAGAAGGUGGUGCAGAUGGCGUUACAGCCACCAACACUGUGUCAGGGCUGAUGGGACUGAGAGCAGAUGGCACACCUUGGCCUUCCGUUGGACUGGGUAACAAGACCACAUAUGGUGGUGUAUCAGGAAAUGCCAUCAGACCCAUAGCCCUUCGAGCCGUUUCAGCCAUUGCCUGUGCUCUUCCAGGAUUUCCUAUUCUAGCAACGGGAGGCAUUGACUCAGCCGAAAGUGGCUUGCAGUUUCUUCAUAGUGGUGCUUCUGUUUUACAGGUGUGCAGUGCCAUACAGAAUCAAGACUUUACCGUGAUUAAAGAUUACUGCACUGGGCUAAGGGCUUUGCUUUACCUGCAGAGCAUAGAGGAACUCCAAGACUGGGAUGGACAAAGUCCACCAACUAUCAGGCAUCAGAAAGGAAAGCCUGUGCCAAAAAUUGCUGACCUGAUGGGAAAGAAACUUCCCUGUUUUGGCCCCUAUCUUGAACAACGCAAGAAGAUAAUAGCGGAGAAUAAGUUGAAACAGAGCAGCCCUCCUCCUCAGCCCAAGAAAAAAUACUUUGUUCCAAAGAAGCCCAUCCCGGCAGUGAAGGACGUAAUUGGAAAAGCGCUGCAGUAUAUUGGAACAUAUGGAGAGCUCAGUAAUACAGAGCAAGUUGUGGCUCUGAUUGAUGAGGAAAUGUGUAUCAACUGUGGCAAAUGCUACAUGACCUGUAAUGAUUCUGGCUACCAGGCUAUACAAUUUGAUCCAGAAAUCCACCUGCCCACUGUUACCGACAGUUGUACAGGCUGCACUCUGUGUCUCAGUGUCUGCCCUGUUAUUGACUGCAUCCGAAUGGUUUCCAGGACAACACCUUAUGAACCAAAGAGAGGCCUGCCCUUAGCUGUGAACCCAGUGUGCUGAGGUGAUCAGACCAGCAGUUAAAGUGAACCUUACAUUUGCUUGAUUCUAUUGAUUUGCUUUCUAAUUAGUACCAGCAACUCCAACUAUGUUAAAAAAGAAAAAUAACCUGAUGAUGGCAGCCAUUAUAAGACUGGCUGUGUUUUCCAAUCUCUCUUUUUUUAAAGUCUUUGGACAAGCAGCAGUUAGUUUGUCAGAUGUUGCUUGUCCUUGUCUUUCCUGAGAAGCAUAACUUGUUUUUUCUCCCCUUUUGCAAAUUGCUGUGUGUUCUGAUGAUUUGGGUGAUUUUCUAUCCACUAACAACCUGCAAAAUUAGAGGAACUUUUUCUAAGCCACUAAUCCCUGACAUGUGGACAAACUUCGUUACCAGGGAAACAUUUAGUAAUUACACAUUUCCUUUCCUUUUAAAAGUGUUUUUUAAAAGAUGUAAUUAACUACAUAUCACACAAACAAAGCAAUGUGGAUUGUGUGUGUGUGUUUACAGAAAGAUAUAAAACAGAGGUUUAAAUGGGUAUUUUUGAACUAUUAAUCAGCUUCAACGGCUGCAGCAUAUGGCACUCGAUUACCUUAAGUCUUCCUAAAUUCUACCUCUGACUAGACAUUAGAAACUGCAUUUGCAAAUACAGUGCACUCUUUGCCAUUUAAUGUUUUUUCACUUGGUAGCAUGAUUUCUUUGUUUCCCUUAAUGAACCUCCAGAGCAUGCCAAUUAGCCGUAUUCUUUCAAAUGUAAGCAUUAGCUCAAGAAUCUGAUUUAUAGUGGGUUUCUGUUGCAUCAAUGUGCUGUUAGAAGAGGAUAUUAGCAGUAGCAGCCUGUGUGGCACAGAGAGGUCCAAAAGAUGGGGCAUAUCUUAUCUCCUCGGAAUUAAGGUGGCAUAUAGUACCUGCUGAAUGCCGUCCGGCUAUACAGGUGUCUGUUUCUUUGCAGGGCUGAGUGAAUGGAGGGGAACUUGCAAGUGUCUACUAUCUUCCUCUCUUCCUCUCCCCCACCUGCCCCACUAAGCUUGCAGCCCUAGCAUGCCAGGCCAUUCCUAUUCCCAGACCCCUUUACUUAGCACUGGUUUGCCCUUAUCUGGAGUACUGUGUCUAGUUCUGGGCACCACAGUUUAAGAAAGAUGCAGACAAGCUGGAAAGGGUUCAGAGGAGGGCGACCGCGAUGAUCCAGGGGCUGGAAACAAAGCCCUAUA